UAGAACAGGCUCGAGGGGCUGAGUGGCCUACGCUAGCUCUUGAUUCUUCAGUUGGUUUCAUUUAAUCUAUUUUAUCUCCUGUUCUCUUGCCUUUUGUUCAUCCCUUCCUUUUCCCUACCUCAUGACUUACUUAGAGGCUGUUCAUCUCUGAUAUCAUACUUCCGACAAAAGGCCAUUAACCUGAAACUUUUGGCUCCUCUUUUUCUCGUACUGUCUGACUUGCUGAAAAUUCCAGGAGGUUCGUUUUUCCAAAACGGAAUUGGCCAUUUUGUGCUUUUGACGGAGAAGGGAUAAGAAUACCAGUCAUUCCAGAAGUACUGCCGGCCCAUUGGUCAGUGUGUAGAAACUGACAAGGGCGGUCCCUGAUUGGAGGAGGAGCUGUCAAUAUCCGGUGUGAAUAUCACAAAGAGAAACAGAAGGAAGGAGCGACGCGGACUUGGAGCAACAGUAGGAACACAGGAUGUGUGAUUUCACCGAGGAUCAGAUCGCCGAAUUCAAAGAGGCAUUUUACCUCUAUGACCGCAUUGGUGAAGGUAGAAUUGGCUACAACCAGUUUGGUGAUGUCUUGCGUGCUCUUGGCCAGAAUCCAUGCAAUGCUGAAGUCUUAAAAGUCCUUGGGAACCCAAAGCCUGAAGACAUGAAUGUGAAAACACUGGAUUUUGAGCAGUUCCUUCCUAAGCUUCAGGACAUUGCAAGAAACAAGGAACCAGGAACUUUUGAAGACUUUGUUGAGGGUCUGCGUGUCUUUGAUAAAGAAGGCAAUGGCACAGUCAUGGGUGCAGAGCUACGUCAUGUGUUGGCCACUCUUGGUGAAAAAAUGACUGAGGAGGAAGUGGAGACUUUGCUGGCUGGCCAUGAGGAUGCUAAUGGCUGCAUCAACUAUGAGGAGCUGGUCCGAAUGGUGAUGAGCGGCUGAUGGCUCUCUGUACUUGCAUUUUAAGUGCCUUUUUUUCAACCUACUUAGGAACUCCCUUUCUAAAAGAAUUCUGUUUUAUAUUUAUCAACACGCACGCAGGUCUGAGAAUUGGGAAUCAAGUGCAUUGAGCCCAUCUGGAGGGUGAUAGGAGCUGAGUAGGUAUCAAGAGGGUGAGAUGUUAUACCUCGAUACACUGCAGGCUUCUGAUCUUCUCCAGUAGGAAUAAAUGCAGCAAGUGGUUCUAGUUGAGACCCUGAAAUAAUCUUGCAGAAAGGCUGAUUUGGAGUGAGAGGGAUCUGAUGUCUCUGAAGCUUGAAGUUCAUUGGCUUCUGCUUUGAUUGCGUACCUGCACACCAAUCCUCUGUAUUUCAUUGCUUUCGUAUAAUAAAACCUCACAAUGAA